AUGCGUUUAUGCGGCUAUGUAUCUCUUUUUGUCUUGGUCAGGAUGUCUGACCGACGACAAGAAGAGGAGCGAGCUGCCGCUGCAGCACGAAAUGUUAUUGAGGGGGCAUAUGAUGUACACCCAAAAGCUGAAGAUGAGUCUUCUGUUCAUGGAGGAGGUGGAGGCCAAGAGGCCUAUUCUAAGGGCACCAGAGAACGUAAAGCUCGACGUCUACAAGCUAACGAGAGACAGACCAUCAUCAUGGUGGAAAUGUCUAUGAGAGGACCCGCGAAAGACUGCUACAACUUCAUACUUGUUGCUAAUCGAUUGUCUAUUCAACUCUUAAUAGUUGUUUGCUGUUACAUCGUUGAGAAUCCUCUUACUGAUUUACGUGCUGACUUAGUUGUGUUGGAUGUACUUUCAUUUGACGUGAUUUUGGGGAUGGAUUGGCUGGCGCGCCAUUAUGCUUCGAUCGACUGUCGACGGAAGUCAGUUGAGUUUCGGAUUCCAGGUGAUCUACCCUUUUCUUUUCAAGGGGAAAAGGCGGAGACACCGAAGAAUCUGAUUUCUGCGAUCAAGGCAAAGCGGAUGAUGAGUAAGGGUUGUCAAGCUUUCUUAGCUGUGGUUAGAGACAUGGAUGCUGAGGUGGGCAGUAUGAACACUGUCCCUAUAGUGAAUGAGUUCACUGAUGUUUUUCCAGAGGAGUUGCCUGGAUUACCACCUGAUCGGGAUAUCGAGUUCUGCAUUGACGUUGUUCCUGGAACUGGUCCUAUUUCGAUACCGCCGUAUCGGAUGGCUCCUGCUGAGCUGAAGGAGUUGAAGGAGCAGUUACAAGAACUGUUGGGGGAUGUCGAUGUGCCUAAGACUGCUUUCAGAACGCGUUAUGGGCAUUUCGAGUUUCUAGUCAUGUCGUUUGGGUUGACUAACGCACCAGCAGCGUUUAUGGACAUGAUGAAUCAGGUUUUCAAGCCGUUUUUGGAUCAGUUUGUUAUCGUCUUCAUUGAUGACAUCCUGAUUUAUUCUCGGAGUGAGGAGGAGCAUGCUUAUCACUUGAGGACUAUACUACAGACCUUGCGAGAGCAUCAAUUGUAUGCUAAGUUCUCAAAGUGCGAGUUUUGGCUGGAACAGGUUACCUUCUUAGGACACGUGGUGUCGAAGGAUGGGAUCAAGGUUGAUCCGAAGAAGAUCGAGGCGGUCAUGGAUUGGCAGAGGCCGAGGUCAGUUACCGAGAUCAGGAGUUUUCUUGGGUUAGCUGGCUACUACCGUCGGUUUGUGCAGGAUUUCUCUCGAAUAUCUGCACCUUUGACUAAGCUGACACAGAAGGGUGUUAAGUUUGAGUGGACCGACAGAUGUGAGGCAAGUUUCGAGAAGCUGAAGGAGAUUCUGACUACAGCUCCUGUUUUGGCGUUGCCUUCUGGCAUUGAGGGUUUUACUGUGUACUGCGAUGCUUCUCGGAUUGGCUUGGGUUGCGUGUUGAUGCAACAUGGACAGGUGAUCGCCUAUGCUUCUCGUCAGCUGAAGAAGCAUGAGGUGAAUUACCCUACACAUGACUUGGAGUUAGCUGCUGUGGUUUUUGCUCUGAAGAUCUGGAGGCACUACUUGUACGGUGCGACUUGCGAGAUCUUCACUGAUCACAAGAGUCUGAAGUACAUCUUUGAUCAGCGAGAGCUGAAUCUGAGACAGAGGAGGUGGCUAGAGUUGCUGAAAGACUACGACUGUACUAUUCAGUACCAUCCUGCGUUACAGGAGUCCUUGGGUUCUCGUUUGGACUUCAGUACAGCUUUUCAUCCUCAGACUGACGGUCAGUCUGAGAGGACUAUUCAGACAUUGGAAGAUAUGCUCAGGAUGUGCAUUCUUGAUUUUCAGGGUAGCUGGGAUACUCAUUUGCCAUUGAUUGAGUUUUCUUACACUUAUGAAACCAUUUCUUCCUUACAAAACGUAACCUGCUAUGUUUCUUUCAUCCUUAAACCUAAAUCUCAUUCUCUAUUAAACAACAGCAGCCGCCAUUCCUCAUUAGCAAGAUCUGAAACUUCAAAUCAUCAUUCCCCUCCAUUUGGUUCAAGCUACGCUUCUAAUCCGAAAAUUCUUCGACGAUUCACAUCGAUUCGACGUUCUCUAUCAUCGCUACGUUUCAAAAUUUGUUAA